CGGCUAAAGAAACAAACAGGCCCUUAGACUUGAGAGCAGAGGCCACUAGCAUCAUCAGUUUCUACGGGCACACACAGGGGGGAGAGAGAGAUACUGCUAAACGAACAAUGGCGGACCUCGCCGUCGGCUUGGCCAAGACGGUGUUGGAGCGGGCCCUGACCAGGGCCCAGUCGGCGAUCGAGGAGGAGUCGAAGCUGCGGCAGAGUACGCAGCGGGACCUUGUGUUCAUCGCCGGCGAGUUCGAGAUGAUGCACUCCUUCCUCGAGGUCGCCAACGCGGAGCGCGUGAGGAACAACGUGGUGAGGAUCUGGGUGAGGCAGGUCCGCGACCUGGCCUACGACGUGGAGGACUGCAUCGAGUUCGUCAUCCACCUCGACGGCGGCAACACCUGGUGGCGCCGAGUCCUGCCGUCCUGGUUCUGCUUCUGCAUCGCCGCGGCGGCGGCGCCGCCGCCCCUCGACGUGGCCGUCGCCGAGAUCGAGCAGCUCAAGGCCAGAGUCGAGGAUGUGAGCAGGAGGAACUCGCGUUACAGCCUCAUCAGCGACUCUGGAUCCAAUCCUGGUGACUCUGCUUCCAGCGCUGCUGUGACCGCAACUGCGGUUGACAUGCCAGGUGAGGCCAGGAACACUGUGAAAAAGCAGCCGGGGUUUAGUGAUCUCACCCAGUUGAUUGCCAAAGAUGGCAAAGAGCUUGGGGUGAUGUCGGUGUGGGGGAGAAGCGACGAUCUUGGUGCCAUGUCCGUCAUCAGGAAAGCUUACGAAGACCCGGAAGUCCGGAAGACCUUCGGAUGCCGUGGAUGGGUGAAGCUGGAGUAUCCUUUCAAUCGCCGCAAGUUCCUGCAGAGUGUGGUUGCGCAGUUCUACACAAACUCUUGCUUGGAGGAGGAGAAAAGUGUAGAUGUUGUCGAGCUGGAGAGGAUGGAGAACGCAGUGGUGAAGCAAGGCGGAUUUGUUCAAGAAUUCAAGGCCCAAGUGAACGAGAAGAGGUACCUACUAGUGCUGGAAAACGUGUGCACCAUGGGAGACUGGGAUGCCAUCAGGGCGUGCCUACCCAAGAGCGUCAACGGUAAUCGGAUCAUUGUGUCCACGGAGGAACGUGAGAUCGCAAGAUUGUGCAUCGGACAUUCCUACAGAGUACUAGAGCUCAAGCAGUACUCAGCUGAGUACCCUGUAUGUGUCUUCUUCAAGCAGGGUUCUCAAGGUGAGAUUGACAGGGCAAUGUCCAGUGAAGUGAUACAUGAUGUGAACCACAAGGUCUUGAGACGAAUUCACACCACUAAAAUGGAAGAAGUCCGUACUUGGAACAAGAAUUUUACUCUUGUUGGGCGCGAGGUGCAAAUGGAAGACCUUCGUAACUAUCAGACCAAGGCGCGUUUUGGAAACUGGCGAGUGAUGUCUGUUUGGGGAAUAGCUGGUGUUGGGAAAUCAGCUCUCGUCAAAAACUUCUACUAUGCCAAAAUGGUUGAAUGUCUAUUUGACAAGUACAGUUGGGUUAAUGUUGAACACCCGUUAAAUUUGAUGGAUUUCUCACGGGACCUACUUAGGGACUUCCAUUCAGAAUCUCUUGAAGACAUGGAAAUCAAAGACCCAAUUCAACAAUGUCGUAACCUUUUAAAGGAAUAUCGAUGCCUUUUGGUUAUUAAUGAUCUGCAGUCCACGGAAGAAUGGGACUCAAUACAAAAUUCCUUGGUGUCUAGGCACUCUCAAAGUUUUAUCAUUGUGAUUACAACUCAAGAAAAUAUAGCCACGUAUUGUGCUGAUAAUGAAGAGGCUGUUUAUAACGUCAAAGGUCUAGAAGCUGAAGCAGCAUUUCAUCUCUUUCAACAGAAGGUCCUUCAAAAGAAGAAUUCAUCUCCACUGAAGCAAUCAAAGUACGAGGAUCUCAAACAACUAAUUUUAAAAUGUGGUGGACUUCCAAAAGUAAUAGUUGCAGUAGCUGACUUCUUGGCACCCAAGACAGUGACAUGUAUGAAAGACACAAGAACAAUGGAUGAGAAGUUCAUGCACGAGUUGGAGAGUAACCCCGAGUUUGGAUGUUUACGAGGACUAUUUGAUUGGAUGCAUUUAUUCUUUCGUAGCUGUCCUGAUUUCUUAAGGCCAUGUAUCUUUUAUCUGUCAAUCUUCCCUGGGUAUCAAAUCAUUCGCCGGAGGCGCUUAGUGAUGCGCUGGGUUGCAGAGGGCUAUUCCAGGGAUACUAAAGACAAAACUGCAGAGGAGAGAGGGGAGGUGCUGUUCUCAAUGCUUGUCAACCUUUGUAUGAUCCAGCCACCACAAUGUACGGUCAUGACACAAAUGAGAAUGGUCCAAUGCCAAGUCAGUGCUUUCUUCCAUGAAUACGUCAUCUCUCGUCCAGAGGAAGAGAACAUUGUCUUUGCACUGGAGGUCUUUGAGCUGAAGGGGCAAUGCCGCCCAAGCACCCAACGUACAGGACGGCAUCUUGUCAUUCAGAGCUGCUGGGACAGGGACAGGAUCGUUUUUGAUAGCAUUGACUUCUCAAGGCUAAGGUCACUAACAGUAUUUGGCAAAUGGGAAUCAUUUUUCGUCUCCGAAAAUAUGAAGGUGCUUAGGGUGCUUGAUUUGGAGGAUGCUUCUAAUGUGACAGAUAAAGACCUCGAGGAGAUUGUAAAGCAGCUUCCUCGCCUGAAGUUCUUGUCUCUGCGAGGAAGAUGUGAGAUUACCCGUUUACCGCAUUCACUGGGUGACCUGAGGCAGCUUGAGACUCUUGACGUCAGGGGAACCUCCAUAGUCACCUUGCCGGCGUCCAUCACAAAGCUAAAGAAACUGCAGUACGUCCGUGCUGGGGCCACAUCCCUUGCAGACGAACAACCAAAGUCAUGUGCUUCCGCAUCUUGGUUACCACUUCUCUGCAGAACUCGUCAACUAGUUGGUGUUGAGGUGCCUGCAGGGAUUGACAAAUUGACGGCAUUGCACACUCUUGGUGUUGUCAACGCUGCUACCACACCCCGCAAGGCCACCAUUAAAGAGCUCAAGAUGCUCACCCAAUUGCGCAAGCUUGGAGUGUCUGGUAUCAACAAGAAAAACUGCAAGCAAGUCAGUGAAGCCUUCUCAUGUCACGUCCAUCUGGAAUCCUUGUCACUGUGGCUCAGAAAGGGAGAUCAAUGUUGUUUGCAGGAUAUCUCCUCACCUCCAAAGAACCUUCAGACCCUUAAGAUGUAUGGCCUUGUAAAAGUAGUGCCACCGUGGAUCAAAGAUCUUCACAAGCUAACAAAACUGGAAUUAGAGAUGACCAUAUCACAAGAAGGUAAGAUAAUUGAGAUACUUGGAGAAAUAAAAGAACUAACUAUUCUGCGUCUUCGUGUCAAGCCGCUUCAAGAUGGUGACGGGAAGCUUGAUUUUUGUGUCUGGUUGAAUGGAGCACAGAAUAUAUGUUACGAAAAGGUCAAGAUCCUCGAUGUAGCUUGCACCUCCAAGUUAACUGUAGUCUUUGGAUCACAAUCAAUGCAAAAGCUUGAGCUGCUAACAGUUCGCUGUGGUAGUGCUUCGGCAUUCAAGUUCUUUGAGUUAAAGUGUCUCUCUAAACUAAAAGAGGUUCGACUUAUUGGUUCACAAGAUGGCAUACUUAAGAACGACUUAGAGACACAACUCAACGAACAUCCAGGAAGGCCUGCUUUGAAGCUUGACGGAUCAUCCUCAUCCUAACAGAUAUAUUGAGCUCAUCACUAUAUAUGUUGACCAAGGCUUCAGUCCACCACAAGACUACUGAUGCAAUUUCAAGUGAUUUGUACGUCUUCCCACAUGUUAUCAAAGUCAGAGAUCUUGAGUUCGAGUGAUAACAAGUUUCAUUUGAUUACAAUGGGCAUCGAACUUCUGGUCCCACAUUUGAGGCCUGGUGAGCAUUCAUGUGAGAACAUGUUGAAGUAAAAGUGAAUUAGUCUUUCCGCGGCUAGGAUUUUGAUACUGUUAUAGACAGAUUGUCAACUGAUUGAUACAUAUAUAUCAAUUAUUUUGACAGACUGAUACGGCCGUUCACUUUAAGCUCAUGCUGUUAACUGAUUGAUACAUAUAUAUCAAUUGUUUUGAUGCAGCAUUUAGACAGAUUGUUACUUCUUCGAUAGUCUAAAGGGUAACUGGUAUGUACUUGUUCAAUUGUAUUAUGCGCUGCUAGGAGAAGCACUGAAAAAUCAUUCAAAGCUGACGUGAAAAAAAACUUAUAUAGCUAAUAAAUUCAGUCAAGUUCGUUGACUAUAUGUACUGGAUACUUUCAGCUUGUGCAUCUUCCGUACUACUAUUGGUGUAUGCAUGUGUGCACCGGUUGGACCUGUGCCCUGAUGUAAUAGUUUUGUGUUGUUCUAUUGAGAAUUUGUAGUGUAUAAAAAAAUACUACUGAGAUCAAUGUUGGAGAUUUUUUUUUCAAUGCUCUA